CGUGCCCGACCACCCUUCACAUUUCAUCCAGUCUAAAUCACGGUUUAUCUUGAAAAUAGGCAUCCUGACACAUCUGUUCAUGUGUAAUCGUUUUUUUUUUGUUUUGCUUUUUCCAAACCGGGGCCAAAGACUUUCGAGAAGUAAAGCUGAUCCACACAGCUCUUAUGAAAUAACGGAUUCGUCUUUUUUAUCCGCUGGAGACGAAGAAUCAUAGUCUACAAUAGGAGCGCUCCGUUCAUCAUCAAGGAGCAGCCUCACCGGCAUCCUGUGACCACGAAGAGGAUGAGAGCGGCGGUCUUGCCGGUUAUUGGUUAUUUUUCGCAUUUAAUCCCGCAGUGUUAUCUUUUGGGGACGUCGAAGAGGUGGAUGCCAGCGCGCGUAACCGAUUAAUAGCGCGCGUGCUUCCCAUGGCGCUGUCAUUUACUUUCGCCAGUCGCGUCGGUGCGUAAUGCCGGCGAAGGUGUGAGGAGGAGACCCUCUCUGAAGGUUUGAUGCUCGUCCUCCUCGUCUGUUACAGCUUUAUAUCUCCACCUAGACCAAUUUGGUGAAAACAUCUGCAUUGAAUUGGCAAGAAAUUACUAGUGAGACAUCUGUGACUGACACUACUUCAGCUGUUUCUUGAUGAUACUGUCACGCGAGGUAGGAGAUUUGGACUGCACGUACUGCCUUCAUCUGUUCGCCGCCUAAGGAGUUGGAUAUGUUCAGACUAACGUGAAGAUGGAUAUUAUCUUUACUGCCCUGUGUUUAUUGGCCACACUAUUUGAAGGCGGUUUUUGCCAAGGAGUAUACGCUCCUCCAAACGUUCGGAUCAUCCACUCCGGUCACGCAUGCAACAUUGAGGAGGAGCACUACACGGAGAGGGUGUACACCAUCCGGGAGGGGGAGACUUUGGAGCUGACCUGUCUGGUCUCGGGGCAUCCACGGCCACAGAUACGAUGGACCAAGACAGCAGGAAGUGCUACUGACCGCAUCCAGGACUCCAGCGUAUUCAACGAGACACUGCGCAUAACCCGCAUCCAGAGGCACCAGGGCGGCCGUUAUUACUGUAAGGCUGAGAACGGCCUCGGCACUCCCGCCAUCAAAUCCAUCCGAGUGGACGUCUACUAUUUAGAUGACCCCAUUGUGACGGUCCAUCAGAGUAUAGGAGAGGCAAAGGAGCAGUUCUACUAUGAGAGGACAGUGUUCCUGCGGUGUGCUGCCAAUUCAAACCCUCCGGUGCGGUACAGCUGGAGACGGGGAAGGGAGUUCCUGUCUCAGGGUUCGGACAAGGGUGUGGAGAUCUAUGAGCCAUUCUUCACCCAGGGGGAGACCAAGAUCCUGAAGUUGAAGAACCUGCGUCCGCAGGACUAUGCUAACUACACGUGCACUGCCUCUGUUCGCAAUGUCUGUGGCAUCCCCGACAAGAGUGUGCUAUUUCGGCUCACCAACAAAACCGCCUCCCCGACUAUUAAGCUGCUUGUGGAAGACCCCAUUGUGGCCAACCCUGGGCAGACAGUAAUCCUUGUGUGCAUCAUCUCUGGAGGCGAGCCCACCCCGAGCCUGACGUGGGUUCGAAACACCGAAGAGCUUCCAAAGAAGAGUAUUCUCAAGAGUGAGACCCUUACAAUACCUGCCAUCAGCACGGAGGAUGCUGGUGUUUACAGCUGUGUAGCCAGUAACAAUGUGGGAAAUCCUGCGAAGAAAUCCACCAACAUUGUCGUCAGAGCUCUGAAGAAGGGCAGGUUCUGGAUCACACCCGACCCCUAUCAUAAUGAUGACAACAUCCAGAUCGGCAGAGAGGUGAAGAUAUCCUGUCAGGUGGAGGCCACGCCGCCUGAGGAGCUGAUGUUCAGCUGGCUGAAGAACGGCCGUCCGCUGCGUAGCUCAGAGCGCAUGGUCAUUACCCAGACUGACCCAGACGUAGCCCCAGGAACCACAAACCUGGACAUCAUCGACCUCAAGUUUACUGACUUUGGCACUUACACCUGUGUGGCCUCACUAAAGAACGGAGGGAUACCCGAGAUCAGCAUAGACGUCAACAUCUCCUCCACCACUGUUCCACCCAACCUUACCGUCCCACGAGAAAAGUCCCCAUUAGUCACUCAGGAGGGUGACACAGUAGAUCUGCAGUGCCUGGUCUCCGGCAAACCCAAACCCAUCAUCCUCUGGUCCCGUGCUGAUAAAGAAGCACCCAUGCCGGAUGGAAACAUGCAAACCGAAAGCUAUGACGGAGUUCUGCGCAUCGUCAAUGUCUCCCGCGAGAUGGCCGGCACGUACCGCUGCCAAACCAGCCAGUACAACGGCUUCAACGUCAAACCCCGAGAGGCCAUUGUGGAGCUCAUAGUGCUGUAUCCUCCCACGGUGGAGCCGGUGUAUACAGAGAUCAGGCAAGGUCUGGGCCGGCCAUUCUCACUGAGCUGCAGGGUCUUACGUGCCCACCCCUCAAAAGUACUAGAUUAUGAAUGGAAGCUGGGCACCAGACUGCUGACAGUGGGCCAGUUGGAUACUCGGGAUGAGACGGAAUACCAUGUAAGGGCCCUCAACCGCGAGGGUUACGGCGCGUACACUUGUGACAUAAAAAAUGAAGCAGGAGCUGGCCGAUGUACUUUCCUUGUCACAGGGAAAGCCUAUGUUCCCGAGUUCUACUAUGACACCUACAGCGCUCAGUGGCAGAACAAACCUCGCGUCUACGGCUUUAAACUCCAGUGGACUCAAAUGAAUCCCAAUGCGGUCGACCGUAUCAUGGCUUAUCGACUUGGUAUCAAGCAGACGGGGCAUCAGAGAUGGUGGGAGCAAGAAAUCCCAAUAGAAGACAACAUCCAGAAAGGAGAACUGCUCACCUACAACCUCACAGAACUCAUUAAACCCGAGGCCUACCAGGUCCGCCUCACACCCAUAACACGGUUCGGAGAGGGGGAUUCAACGGAAAGGAUCAUUUGCUACAGUGAGGCCAGUCAAGAUGCAGCACCGGUGAAUCCUCCUUGGAGUAAGUUUCACUGCGGCUUUGAAGAGGACACCAUCUGUAUGUUCACCCAAGAUAAAACCGAAGAGUUUGAUUGGACGAGACAUAGUGCUGCCUCCAGGGACACUAAAUAUACACCCAACACUGGGCCCAGCAGCGACCGCACCGGCUCUAAACAAGGUUUCUACAUGUACAUCGAGACCUCACGACCACGUCUGGAAGGAGAUAAAGCACGACUGUUGACUCCAUCCUUCAAUGUUGCCCCUAAAAAUCCCUACGGGAAUGUGGCCACCAACCCAACAUACUGCUUCAGCUUCUACUACCACAUGUAUGGGAAACAUAUAGGAACAUUAAAUGUGUAUUUGAGGCAGAAGAGCCAGACGGGUCAGGAUACUUCUGUUUGGACCCUGAGUGGGAACCAAGGAGACCGUUGGAGACAAGCUAGAGUUAACAUCAAUCCCACAUCCUCUUUUCAGAUGGUUUUGGAAGGUAUACGUGGUUCUGGCAUUGAAGGGGAUAUUGCUGUAGACGAUGUGGCCAUAGAAGAAGGAGAGUGUCGAGACCCCCCACCCAGUAGUAAUAUAAGAUCCCUGGCUUCUCCCGCUGCAGUGCAUAUAUGGCAGCUCUGGCUCACUUUACUUUUGGUCUUGGUUGGCCUCCGAAGGUGACCUCAUCACAUGGAGGUGGAACCCAGCUUUGGCAUUCAUAGAGAUUUCGGCUGACACGGACUGCCUGAACACAACAACCAAAGAUUCAUCCCGUCUACACAAAAGGAACGUAUAGGUUUUAGAUCAGUGUGAAGGAAGAGGAAGCCAGGGAAGGAAUCUGUGAUUACACCGGAGUCCACUCAAGACCUUGUGGAAAAGCCCAUUACUGUUUUCAGUGUUAUAAAGAACAGAACAGGUGGAUGGUUACAGCAGGACGGCUUGAGAGACUUAAUAGGGGAAUCUUUCAAAGCACAAAGACAUAAGAUGUAUUUCCAUCACUACAUGGUUUUUGCUUUGUUUUACGUCUGCUACUGUCAUCAAAGACCUCAUAAUGUCACAACGCGUAAUCCUGAACCAUACGAAGGAAGCUUCCGAGGAGGAAAAAAAACAAUGAUGGUAACAAAAAUGAAUGAUCGUUUGGGAAAAAAAAAAACAAGUUUUCGUUUUUCUUUUAUGUCUGAAAAUAGAGAUAUGUCAAAUACAGUUAUGCUUUUUGUAGGUCCUUGUGCUCUGAUGUUAAUGGUUUGACGUGAACAUCAGGGCUCCACAAAUGUGUGUUGUUUUAAAGAGCGUUUGGAGCAUACAAUAUCAAUGUAAAGUCUGUUUACGGACAGUUAGGGCGUUCAUGUACUCCUCCAGUGUGCUUUAACCGAUCAAACUUUAACAGCUCAUCAUGCAGCUAACACAAUGAACACCGUCUCUCACUGAAAGUCAUUGAGUUGACCUUUCAUUUCAGCACGGCUCUGCUAAACAACAGCUGUAGAGAACUGUUUAACAUCACGCUGUACCUGCUGCUAGUGUGGAUCUGCUUACGGUUACGCUGGACCCCUUGCAGUUGUUUUCUUUAGGUGCGUAAAGAUAGCCGUCAACUUCGGACCAUGUUCGCCAAGGAACAUGGAGUUGCUGUCUGUAAUGAAAUCAAGUGCCUUCAGAACCUUCUGUAAAAUCAUUCUACUGUGCUACUGUAUCAUCUAGCAUUUCCUUUAGGCACAGUUUGGCGUACAUACACACGUGAGAUGAAAGGUGAAAGUCAGAGAGCCACGAUGAGAGACAGGUGCCGUGUUGCAGCCUAUCACUGAUGUCUUGAGUUGCACAUACUGUUGAUAGAUGAUGACUUAUUUUUAUUUCGACAGCAUCCCUGCCACCUGCUCCACAUCCGACUGAUAUAAGGAAAACAAUGGUGGUGGGACUGGACUAAAAGCACCAUUGAUUCAUCAAUAGGACAUCUGGGAGCUAUUAUCAGAGGUGAAAAACAGCCAGGAGGGUCACUAUGAAAUCCUCCUUCGAUAUGAUGAGACUUCUGUGCCGCUGAAAAAAAAAAGAUAUUUUUUCCAACAUCCAGAGGUAUGAAAAAACAGAUGGACCUUUAGAGGAAUGAUGCUCUCACUGUACAAGAUGAUUAACCUUGAUCUGGAUCCAUCCGGUUGGAUUCGUACAAAUGAUAUUUUAUUACUCUGAUGAAAAUGACUGCUUUUACUGAACUAAAAACUCUGAACUACCUGAGACCAUCCGAUACCUUAACCUGCUGGUUUUUGGACAUGUAUUGUAAAAUCACUUUUCUCAUUCAUAACAUUCAUUUCCAAGGAAGAAUUACGUUAGUCUUUCUGUUUUCUCAGCCCAAAAAUGUUGUUUCAGACAACAAAUAUAUAUAUUUGUUUUCAUUUAACAACAUUUUUUUCAUUUCUGAAAAUCCCUUUGCAUUACUAUAUUAUGGCAUAAUUUGAAUCUAUAGUAUGAUUUUAUAAAAUAAUAUAGAAUAUAUGAAAUUAUAUGCAAAUACAUCUGGUAGGUAGGUCUAUGGAAAUGGUUUGACACUUAUGAAUAUCCAGACAAAGCACAAUGUGAAAUAUUAAUAUCAAAAUUCAGAAACACAGUUCCUUAAAUAAAAUGUUUUUUUCUCCAUUUUAUUAAAGCUACUAUCAACAGGAAUAAACUUACUUUACAUAAAGAAAAAAGAUAUUUUACAUCUCGGUUCAAUAAAAGGCUUUCAUGGUA